AUGGCUUCACGAACCUUCACACCCAUGAUGCGCGGCGCUAUGCGCAUCUGCCCCAGGACUGUAUCCUCGGUUCCUCGCCGCUUCUUGAACACCGAGACGGCGUCCAGUCUCUAUACCACGCAUGCGAAAGUCGUAGGAGCGCGCGUUGGUCACGUUGAAGGCGAGAACCUCAAGGUCGAUCUGACCAUGGCCAAGGCACUUGGCGGCAAAGGUGAUGCGGGCAAGACCAACCCCGAGGAGCUUUUCGCUGCUGGUUACGGUGCUUGUUUCCAGUCCGCUAUGAACGCUGUAGCACCCAGCUUAAACAUCAAGAUGCCCACCACGCCAGAGGACUCCAUUGUCGAGACAAAAGUACAUCUGGUCGGCGACAUGAAGGCCCUCGACAUGGGCCUUCGCGUGGAGAUGAACGUCAGGGUCAAGGGUCUGUCGAAGGAGGAUCUCGAGAAGGUCGUUUACAAGGCGAGGCAGGUGUGUCCUUACUCAAGGGCUACAAAGGACAAUGUAUACACGACGGUAACUUGCGAGACAAUGUAA